ACAUGUUUCAGUGGAGGACUGGAGACUUGGCGGCGUUACGCGGAGCGACCUGAGUUUGUUCCUCGGCGGGUUCCGUAGCACGCAGUUCAACAACGUGCUGCCAGAGAGAACAGAGAGAAGUGAAGACUUACUUUGACCGGCUACAAAGUGCUGCAAGCGGAGACUCAACACAACAACAAUCAUGGCAGAAAAGAAAGAAGAGAUGUCUCCAGUUGAGAUGAAAGUGGCUCGACAAAUAGAGUACUACUUUGGGGAUCACAAUCUUCCAAGAGACAAGUUUCUCAAAGAACAACUGCAGCUUGAUGAUGGCUGGGUGCCUCUGGAGACGAUGCUCAAAUUCAACAGACUGAAGUCUUUAACUACAGAAACCAGCGUCAUCAUUGAAGCGCUCCAGAAAUCAAAGUCUGGCCUUUUGGAAAUGAGCGAAGACAAGACUAAAAUCAGGAGGCUUUCAAACAAACCCUUACCCGAACUGAAUGAUGAUUACAAAGACGCUCUGAAACACAAAUCUGUGUACAUAAAAGGUUUCCCUCUCGAGACUUCCCUUGAUGAGAUUCAGGAGUGGCUGAAUGGGAAAGGAGACAUAGAAAACAUUCAGAUGAGGAAAACCCUUCAACGGGUUUUCAAGGGAUCAGUGUUCAUCUGUUUUGAAACAGAGGAGUCCUCUAAGCAGUUCCUAGAACGCUCAGACAUAAAAUCAUUCAAAGACAACGACAUGCUUGUGUUAUCAAGAGAAGACUACCAUUCAAAGAAAUCAGAAGAGAGAAAACUGUUCAAAGCAGAAACAAAAGCAAAAGCUAAACAGGACAAGGAACAACAGCAGAAACAAACAGAAGAGAAAGAAAUGGGUCUGCUUUUGGAUGAACAGACGGGUUGCUUGUUGAAGUUUUCAGGAGAGCUUGAAGAUGUUUCAAGAGAGGACUUCCAUGAGUUGUUCUCUGGGCAUGGGAAGAUAAAGUGGGUUAACUUUACAAGAGGGGCCAAAGAGGGCACCCUGCUUUUCCACGGGAAUGCAAAGGAAGCGUUCGAUAAGGCCAAAGAGGCAAGCAAAGGAGAACUGACAAUCAAGAACAACAGUGUUGAAUGGAAGGUGCUUGAGGGAGAUGAUGAGAAAGAGGAACUGAAGAAUAUCAUCGAAGCUCAACAAGAGUCAUACAACAGGACCAAGAGCAGAAGUGGCAGAGGAAGAUCGGGUGGCAGAGGAGGAAGAGGAGGCCGAAGGGGAAGAGGUGGCAGAGAUCAAGGCAGAACUCAGUACAAGGGCAAAAAGAUGAAAUUCGAAAGUGAUGAUGAUGACGAUGCACCCGCUGUCCCAAAGAGAGAACCAGGAGGCGCUGAUGGUCCUGCUGCCAAAAAGAGAGAACUAGAAGGCGCUGAUGGUCCCGCAGCGAAGGUUGUCAAAACUGAAAACGGAUCUUAGUAACGAGGUCACACAGAAUUUUUGUGAAAACAUUUAUUAUAAACAGUGAAAAUGCAGAGGCAUCUUAAAUCCAUUCCAGUGAGAACUUCAGGCUUUGGAGAAUCGUAUGAAGUCCACCUGGAUGUCAACCUAGAGAACAGUUUGCAAAGCUUGAUGUCAGUUUUUCAGCCUUUUGAGUCCCUGUGCCUCUCACAUUAUUUCUGUACCUUUAUUUCUCUUCUUAAAGAUGUUUUUGAUUUUAUCAUAUUAAACAAAUCUGCUCUUUUUUGUCAGUAAUUUAAUUACACCUGAACAUUUAGUAGGUUUUGUAAGACCUGUGUGACAUCUAGAAUCUGUUCCAUCAUGUUUUUUUUUUCCUUGUAGAUUUCCUACAGUGAGAUGAGAACAUCUGCUUUGCUAUUUUUUUUUUUUAAAGUUUGCAUAUGUGAAUAGCAAAUAAAACAUUUAUAAAAAUGAA